AAAAAAAAUGAAAAAUGAAAAACAUUUAUUGGUGGCGAGAUUGCAUUCGUUAGUGCGUCUCAAGUCUCAACUGAAAGUCAGAAAAUCAAUCCCCCAACCGACGGAGUCAUUCACAGGGAAAAAGUACAAAAGAAAUGAAAGAUAGGCACAACAUCAAAGUCUUGCCGUUUACUUUCACUUCACCUCAAGUUGAUUGUUCAACCUUCUGUAUUUCUUUCAUCAAAAGAGUUGAUUGAUCCUCAAAAUGGGUUUCCUUUAAAAAUGACAAAAAGAAUAAUUAUUUGUUGAGUAAACAGAGCAAGAAGCAGAAGGAAAAGCACAAGAAAAAAAAAAAAAAAAGGGAAAUGGCAAUGCCUUGGGGCAUGACUCUAUGGAUGGCAAAGAUGGUGUGGAUAGCUCUGAGUGGAUGGGUUUCUUCUUGCUUGACAAUUGCUGAUGAAGUUGCUGCUUCUCUCAGGAGUGGUGAUAUUGGUCCCUUCCAUGUUGGCUAAGUUCACCUUUUCUGUUUCUUCCUUUUUCAAUCAAACCCACUUCUCUGGACAAACCAACAAGAUGAAUUAGAAGUUCUAUAGGGAAUGGAGAGUUGGACAAGGAAACUGGGGAUCCAAAUGGAAAAACCCAUAUUUAAUUUCACUGGUUGCUGUGGCUUGUACAUCUAGAUUAUCGGUUUUCUUAUUUCCAGUAUGUUGAAAAGUAUCAAUUCAGUUUCGUAAUGUUAGUCCGGCUGUAGCAGAAAGCUGCAUGGUUUGGCCUUUUUCUUUGAUAGGACUACUGGAGGUAUGAACGUCUUACAUUGUACAGAAACACAAUAUUUCUUCAGGUUUUGUGGCAUUGAUGGAAGGUGGUCAGCUUCACAUCUUACUUAUACUACUGUGUUUUGAUAAUGUGAGUAUUCUGUUAAUUGGUAUUAGGAUUAAUCCAACUACCAUUACGUUUGUGUUGCUAUAUUUGAUGCAACCAUAAUAUAUAUAUGUAAUAGUAUUCUUAUGAAAAUGCCUACCAAUUGCUAUAAACUUGUUAGAAACCUUUAUGAACUUGUCUUAAAUAAUUA